UACAUCUAUAAGAUUUGUAAUUUGACUGAAAAUCAAUGGCUCACACUGCUCUGUGAGUGGUGACAUUCCACUCCAACUGUUUGUAUAACGGAAUCUACAAGCUUUAUUCUUCCAAAAAGGCCAUCAUCUGAUCGAGUUCAACUUAUAACUAGUGUUUUAGUCCACUCUUGAAUGUGCAAAAGCUAGCUACCCUUUUUCAGUUACCUGACCUACAUGAGGUAUUUACCUACUAUUAUUCAUGAAUAUUUUAUCUGGGAUGGAGCGCAGACUUUUGAAAUCUCAGAAUUUGCCGGGAAAACUCCCGCCAGAGUUGAUCAAGCUCCCCUAUCUCCAAGAAAUUGACCUCACCCGCAACUAUCUGAAUGGCACCAUCCCUCCAGAAUGGGGCUCCCUGCCACUAGUUAAAAUUGGUCUUGGUGCAAACCGUUUGACAGGUUCUAUCCCUGUUGAGCUAGGAAACAUCAUCACGCUCGAAAGUUUGACCAUCGAUUUCAAUAGUUUCUCUGGAGUUCUUCCUGCGGAGCUUGGAAAUUUGUCUAGCAUAAAAAGAAUGUCUCUUACCUCGAACAAUUUUACCGGAGAGUUGCCAGAGACAUUUGCAAAGCUUACCAACUUAACUGAAUUUUGGAUUAGUGACAGUUCCUUUUCUGGGAAGAUACCUGAUUUUAUUAAGAGCUGGACAAAUCUUGAGACACUAGUGAUUCAGGCUAGUGGUUUUACAGGGCCAAUUCCUUCCGGCAUUUCUCUCUUGACAAGAUUAACUGAGCUGAGAAUUACUGACUUGAAUGGAUCUGAAUCAUCGUUUCCUGUACUUGAUAAUAUGAAUAAAAGCCUGGAGAGAUUGGUGUUGCGGAACUGCAAUAUUAGUGGGCAGCUACCUAAAUAUCUCGGGAACAUGUCGACUUUACAAAUUUUAGACCUUAGUUUUAACAAGCUAACUGGAGAUAUCCCAAACAACUUUGCUGGUCUAGGAAAUCUGGAUCACAUGUUCUUAACUGGGAACAUGCUGACCGGAACUGUGCCAGCUGAUUGGAUGAAAGCCAAGAGCAUUGAUCUUUCAUAUAACAAAUUCACCAUGAAAUCAAAUGAUGAUAAGUGUGAACCACGAGAUGGCUUGAACUUGUUUGCAAGCUCUUCAGGUGGCAAUACUUCAUCUGUUUCAUGUUUACCACUUGCAAAAUGUAUAAAAAGUAAGUUGGCUUUGUACGAUCUUCAUAUAAAUUGUGGUGGAAAAGAAGUACUCCUCUAUGAAGAUUCCACAAGACCCAUUAACGCAACAUAUGAGAGAGAUACUGAUGAAGCCGGGCCUUCAUCAGUUUUCGAGAGCAUAAAUUGGGCAUCAAGCACCACUGGCUACUUCACUGGUGAUGGUCGUCCUAACAAAACCUAUAUCUGGACUAAUUCAUCUGGACUCACUAUGGACCAUCCUGAGUUGUACAUGAAUGCACGCCUUUCUCCUAUUUCUCUAACUUACUAUGGGUAUUGUCUCGCAAAUGGAAGCUACACAGUAAACCUCCACUUUGCAGAGAUAAUAUUUACAAAUGACAAAACAUAUAGUAGUCUGGGAAGACGUGUAUUUGAUAUAUACAUUCAGGGGUCACUAGUGUUCAAGGAUUUCAAUAUUGCAGAUGCAGCAGGUGGCUUUGGUAAGGCAGUCAAUAAAAGUUUCACUGUUAACGUAACUGAUAGGACUUUGGAGAUCCGUUUAUUCUGGGCUGGGAAAGGGACAACAGGUGUUCCUUACAAAGGAGACUAUGGUCCUCUUAUAUCAGCUAUCUCUAUAGUUUCUGACUUUGAACCCGCUAAAGAAACCUCUGGAAGCAGUGGUAUAUCUGCAGGUGAAGUGGUUGGAAUUGUGGCCGGAGGAGUCUUCAUUAUAUUACUGGUUUUAGGUAUUCUCUGGUGGAAAGGCUUCAUAGGACCAGCAAAUACUUUGGAACAAGAUUUGAAGGGUGUGGACCUGCAAACCAGCAGAUUUACCUUGAGGCAAAUCAAAACUGCCACAAACAACUUUGACAUAUCCAAUAAAAUUGGAGAAGGUGGUUUUGGUCCUGUUUACAAGGGCCUUCUAUCAGAUGACACCGCAAUUGCUGUUAAGAAGCUUUCUGCCAAAUCAAAGCAAGGGAAUCGUGAAUUUGUGAAUGAGAUUGGCAUGAUUUCUGCUCUGCAACACCCUUACCUUGUUAAGCUUUAUGGAUGUUGCAUUGAAGGAAAUGACUUGUUGCUUGUCUAUGAGUACUUGGAAAAUAAUAGCGUUGCUCGUGCUCUGUUUGGCCCAAAAGCAAGUCAGGUGAAGAUGGAUUGGCCAACAAGGCACAGGAUCUGUGUUGGUAUAGCAAAAGGUUUGGCUUACCUCCAUGAGGAAUCAAGGUUGAAGAUCGUUCAUAGAGACAUUAAAGCUACUAAUGUGCUACUCGAUAAAAAUCUUUGUCCAAAGAUAGCUGAUUUUGGAUUGGCCAAGCUUGAUGAAGAGGAUAAUACCCACAUAAGCACCCGGAUUGCUGGAACUCUUGGAUAUAUGGCACCUGAAUAUGCAAUGCGAGGUUAUCUGACUGAUAAAGCAGAUGUUUAUAGUUUCGGAAUUGUUGUGUUGGAAAUAGUCAGUGGGAGGAGCAACACAACUUACCGCUCCAAAGAAGAAUGUUUUUAUCUUCUUGAUUGGGCACUUCUUCUAAAAGAGAGAGGGAGUUUGUUGGACCUAGUGGAUCCAAGGCUAGGCUCAGAGUUUAACAAAGAACAGAUGAUUACUACAAUCAAUGUGGCUCUCCUAUGCUCUAAUGUGUCUUCAGCAGUUAGGCCUUCCAUGUCUUCAGUAGUGAAAAUGCUUGAAGGAAGGGCUUCCGUUCAAGAGGUAAUCUCCGAUCCAAAUGCCUCAAACAAUGAAAUCAAUGCAAUGAGGAAACUUUUUCAAUCCAGUUUUGAAGAAAACAAUGGUGACCUUGAGAGUCAGAGACAAACUAUGUCAAUUGAACCAUCGUGGACUGCUUCAUCUACAUCUGCUCAUGAUCUGUAUCCCGUCCAUCCUGAUUCCAGUUAUUGGGAGAACAGAAAAUAGACAAUUCAUCAGUAUAUAUACUCAUACCUCUUUUCUACUUCUAUAAUUUUUUUAGCAAUAUAGUUGGAAUUCGAUUAAUAACAAAAGUGACUUACAGUAUAAAGUUUGAAAUCAAUUGUUUACAUGACCUUGUCGAUCCGAUUUUCUUUUCAAUAGCUAUGAUACCUAA